GGCCGAUCGGGAGGCGGCGCCCGUGCCCCCGCCGUGCCUUUGUGCUCGUCCCGGUGCCGCUGCUGCCUCGGCCUGAGGCCGGCAUGAGGCAGGCCGGGCUCCCUGCUGCUCCCCGGAGAGCCCAGCGGGUCGGGGUGCUGCUGGUUGGGGUGCGGGGUCCAGCGCCUGAGGUCUGUGCCUCAGGGUGUCUGCAGCCCCUGCCCCCAUGAGGAACUGAAGGAGCUUCGUGUGGUGCCUCCCAGCACCCGAGCCAAGGCUUUCCAAGCAUCUUCAGUGGGAAAAGCCGGUCCCAAAUGACCCUGUUUUCCCUCAACAGGGGGGGAGCUGAGCUUCGUGUGGGACGCCUUGAAGGAGCAGCGUGAAGUUUGGGAGGAAAAAGCCUGUGUGGAUACUGAAGUUUCCAAGUUGCCAGCGUUGACACAACAGAAUCCUGUUCAGUGUUGCCACUCAGCUGGCUGCGGACAGACAAUCAGCUUUGCUUUCUGCAAUAGAGGAGAGGAGAGAGGCUCAUUCAUCUCCCUGUCAUGUGGCAGCCUCUAAAAUUCCCAGAUCAGCAAUUAACAGAAACAGGGUAAAGAAUUGGAAACGUAGUGACUGAAGGUGAAAGAAAAGGAUCUAAAGAGACAUCUUCCGAGUUUGUGAACAGCCUACAGUUGCACAGCUCGGGGAGGAUCUUUGUUACACAUUCUGAACAGGAGCUAACAUUUUCACAAGCGCGUAAUCGUGUCGCCUAAAAUUUGAUACCAGCUGUAGAUGGCUCAGCUUCCUCCUGGGAUUCGCUUCAUCACUUCAUUUUCACGAGAUCAGUGGUAUAGAGCCUUCAUUUUCACUCUCACCUUCUUCUUGUACGCCAGCUUCCAUCUAUCAAGGAAACCUAUCAGUAUAGUUAAGGGAGAGCUGCAUAAGCAUUGUGCUGCUUCGCAUGAAGUUGAGCUCAGCUCCUACAGAGAAUAUGCUGCCCAGAUUCAGCAUGUCAAAAAGCCAUCUAAUGCAUCUCAGUGUGGUUGGGAACCAUUUGAUAAGAAUAACUACAAGCAGUUAUUGGGAGCACUGGAUUACUCAUUCCUGUGUGCAUAUGCAAUUGGAAUGUACUUAAGUGGGAUAAUAGGAGAACGGCUACCUAUCCGCUACUAUCUGACAGUCGGAAUGCUUGCCAGCGGACUCUUCACUGCAAUGUUUGGAUUGGGUUAUUUCUAUAAUAUACAUAACCUGUGGUUUUACAUAAUGGCCCAGAUAGCUAAUGGGUUGGUGCAAACUACUGGCUGGCCAAGUGUCGUUACAUGUAUUGGCAACUGGUUUGGAAAAGGAAGGAGAGGAUUGAUCAUGGGGAUCUGGAAUUCGCACACUUCAGUGGGAAAUAUCUUGGGAUCCUUAAUUGCUGCUUAUUGGGUGUCUACGUGCUGGGGUCUCUCCUUUGUGAUGCCUGGUGUUAUCAUUGCAGUGAUGGGAAUAUUUUGUUUCCUCUUUCUUAUUGAACAUCCUAAAGAUAUAAGUUGCUCCUCCACACCAUCCAGUCAUGGUCAUGAGCCCAGUAUUUCUACAGAGUUUAUAGUGAGUUCUAACGCCUUCCUGAAUGGUGCAUCUCGAUUCAGAGUCCACAUGCCAACCUUAAAUGCUAAGGAAGCCAGCAAGCCUCAGGAUCCAGAGAUGCAGCAUUUGCUUAUUGACAGUGAAAACUGCACGGCGUCACAGAACUCGAGCAGUGCGAUCACUGGGGAAGGCAGACAUGGGACAUCAGCUAUCAGCUUCCUUGGGGCCUUGCGAAUACCUGGAGUCAUAGAAUUCUCCCUUUGUCUUCUGUUUGCAAAACUGGUGAGCUAUACUUUCCUCUUCUGGCUUCCCCUCUAUAUCACAAAUGUGGAACAUCUUGAUGCCAAAAGAGCUGGGGAUCUUUCUACAUUGUUUGAUGUGGGUGGAAUCUUUGGUGGAAUUUUGGCAGGCCUGAUUUCAGACAGGCUAGAGAAGAGGGCAUCGACCUGCGGAAUGAUGCUGUUGCUGGCAGCACCCACAUUGUACAUGUUCUCUGCAGUCAGUAAAAUGGGCCUUGAGGCUACUGUAGUGAUGCUGCUUAUCAGUGGUGCCCUGGUGAACGGACCUUACGCACUGAUCACCACUGCUGUCUCUGCUGACUUGGGUACCCAUAAAAGUCUGAAAGGGAAUGCAAGAGCCUUGUCCACCGUGACAGCAAUCAUCGAUGGAACAGGAUCUGUAGGUGCGGCUUUGGGGCCUCUCUUGGCUGGUCUCAUUUCCCCUUCUGGUUGGAACAAUGUGUUUUACAUGCUCAUGGUGGCAGAUGCGUGUGCCUUGCUAUUCUUACUCCGUCUCAUUCAGAAGGAACUUCGGUGUAAUGCAGAUCAUACCCUGUUCAAAGAACACUGAGCUGAGAGACCAGAUUUGGAAGAACGACUGCGUAAGUGACCAGAGCUCUCCCCUGAAAAAAAAUCUUCACGGAAUGUGUUAUUCUAUACUUAAGAGACUCUAUUUGGUGAAGAAUUUUUGCACGUUUACUGGAAGCAAUUUGAGAAACGCAACUGGCAAAUCCCUGAAGCUCUUAUUUUUGCACAUGAAUAAGUACCUCAGGAUGGCAACUAUUCAUCAGAUGGAGGGACAGGAACUUUGGGAAGCUUUUAGUAGAGCGCCUCAACUGAGCCAAAGAGAAAUACCAAGUGCCUUUUCAUUUCUUUUGAUAGGAUGUUUUAAUUAAAGCGCUGUACUGUGUGUUUUCCAAAAACAAGUCAGAAGUAGAGCAGAAGGAUGUUGAAAUCAUAACAGACAGCCUAGCAGUGAAAUGUCCCUGUGUCAGUGAGCAAAGUAUCCCUUAUGUUAUUGUGUGCAUCACUGUGAUCAAGGGCAUCGCAUUAUAGAGGGCAAGACCAGCUGGUUAUUAAUGUACACUGCUAUUAGGAUUUCAAAGCUGCUCAGACAAUAAUAACCUCACCAUAUUAUUAGUUUUUAACUAUAGCACAAAUUCUGCUCCCAAGGACAACAUCCAACCUUGCGGUAGGUAAUGAAAUGGAAUUUACAGCUGCGGUGUACCACAGCUAGCGGUUUCCACAGACUCUCUGGGUGGAUGUUAGCCCACAGUUAGGAUUGUGUAAAACGGAGUCCCAAGCAACAAGAAGAAGUAGGUUAUGAGUCAGAAUUUCCUGUGGGGGGCUCUAACAAUUUUCAGGGCAUUAUAAACUGGUAGUGCAAACGUCGUGUAAUUGUUGUGCUGCUCCUCUAGGCUGGGUUUAAAUGACAGGUGGUUCCUUUGGGGUGGCAAAGAACUGUGUGCUGCCACACUUCAGCAUUACAGGAUUGAGAAAGAGUGCUGCUUUAGUGCAAUGAUCUUUGUUGGGUACUCCGGUGGUGGUGUGUGCGCUUGGAAGUCAUUGUCAGAUCAGGGCCUUAAUAACCAGAAAUCUCUUUCGAGUGGCUAAUUUCAAGUGGCUUUGAGUUUCAGAUUCAGAGCCAAAAUAUGUAUGUAUAUAAGAGAAGAAAAAUUACCUAGGUGGUAGGUUGUAAGAGAACAUUUCAGUAACUAGUGUUACCCAGCAAAUAGACAAUUUAAUGUCUUCAGAACAUAUCAUUUCUUCAUACAGGUAUCUCCUUUGCAAAACAGAUGCUUCUGUGAUCUUUUUUUAAACUUGUAAAAAGUAAAAAGGAAUUUUUUGUAUGAGGUGUUUAUACUUAGAUUGUGAAGGUUAGAUAAUUUAAACUGUGUACUGUUCUUAAGUGUAUUUAUUGAAGUUCUAGGCACAUGUCUUGUUCUGAACUGUGCUGUAAGUUCUGUGAAACAAUGCAGUAGUGUUUGUACUUGAUUAACAAAACAGCACUCUAAAAUAGCCUGGCAAAACACGGAGAAAUGUCUCAUCAGCUGCUGGUAUUAUGUUCCAUGUGUUGGCACAAUACUUAAUUUCCAGGACUGUUUUGUAAUUGUUCAGUCUCUGAUCAGUUAUUUCACUGUUUUGAUUCAGCAUGUGCUUUAUGCUUGAUUCGAACAGCAUAAGAAUGUGUUUAUUUUUCACUGAACGGAGACAUAGGGAAGACCUCAGUCCCACAAAGAUUUAUGGCAGGUACCAAAGUCUUUUGCAAGUGGAUGCUCUAUGUAGGCUCUGAAGCUGCAGUUACCUAGAUCACUGGUUAACUGUACACCUUUUGAAUAAACCUCUUGAGACCGGGGGAGACACUUGGUCUGUACCGGUAAAUCCAUGCUGCAUUUAGGCUUUAGGAUGUAUUUAAAUGCCACAGAAUUCUGCAGCAGAUCAGGGCUGAAGUCUUUGGUUGGGAUGCUUUCAGUCAUAUUUAACAGCUACACGUUGUAAAGAUGUUUAACUGUGUUUUGGAUUUUACAUGUUUUACUUGUUGGGGCUGCUGCUGUUAUUUAUUUAUUUAUUUGAAUAGCUGUUGUGCUGAAGUGACUUGGAUAUGGGACUGUGAAAACAUUUGAGGUGCUGGGCUGAGUCCUUCCUUCCACUGAUGGCAGGAGGGAUUUGGGACUCCUGCUGCACCGACGUCUCUUUCCUUGCUAACGUGCCACAUUUCAGUUCCUCCCAGCAACGAAUGUGUUCAACGAAAAGAUGAAGAUUGCUGCUCUUUUGUAACAACCCUAAGGGUCCCCCAGGUUGUGAACACACUGUUUUGUUAUUACUGGGUGUCAAUAUUCAUUCAUUCAUUCAGCAAGACUGACAAAAUUUUGUCUAUGGAAACGUGAAUGACCAGUAGGUAGAGCCGAAUUGGAAUAAGACUGCAGGGUUUGGUUUUUGUUUUUAAUGCCAGUAAUUGUGAAUUUUAUCUAUUUAUCUUCUGUGGAGAAUAAAAAUGGGUUCUGCUGUAAAGUGA